CAAAAAUUGAAAAAUUUUAAUCCUAAGCAUGCACGUGAAUUCUGAGGAUGGUGAUAGGUCCAACCUCUUCCCCAUGAAGAAGUCUAUGAUGCCUAGAUCAAAAUUCAAAACAACUUUGAUGUGCAUAGGCUUGCUGGGCUCUCAUUUGUUCGUAGCAAUACUGGUAGCGAUUAAUGUCAGGUCGGAGGAUGUACCUGAAGUAUCUCAAAUAGCGAGAAAAGAUCUACCCAGCUGCUUCAACGCACCAAUAAUACACACUAAUGAAGCAGAAAAGGAAAGAGGAGGUGGAGCAGUUCAUGAGAAAAUUGUUUUUGUAAUUACACCAACAUAUAAGAGACACACACAAAAAGUAGAUUUGCUAACCCUCUGUCACUCUCUCUCACUCUCGCGGACUCAAGUGAAAUGGAUAGUCGUUGAAGAUUCGAAUAAUCCCACUCCCCUAGUCUCUAAUCUUCUCUCUCUCUGUCCUGUCUCUUCUGUUCAUCUCUCAGUGAAGACUCCGCGUAAGAAAACUCUAGUCGCUAAAUUAUUUUGGAAGAUAAUGCAUGGUCACAGAGGACUUGAACAGCGCAACAUUGCUCUCCAGUGGCUGAGGGAUAACUAUUCAGCUAAAGACUGUCGUGGAGGCGUCAUAUAUUUUGCCGAUGACGACAAUAGAUAUGACCACAGGAUUUUUGAUGUUAUAAGCAAGACAGUUAAGGCAGCUGUCUGGCCGGUUGGUUUUGCCGGUCACAUACUCUACGAAGGCCCCGUAUGCCACAACAAUACCAUCACCAAAUGGAAGUCCUGGGCUGUAAGAGUCGGCACAAAUAGAAAGAUCCCUAUCGAUAUGGCCGGCUUUGCCGUCAACUUGUGCCAGCUGUUUGAGAAACCCGAGGUGUACUUUGAUAACGCUUGGAGUAGAGGUCAACUAGAAACAGAGUUCCUUUAUCAGUUUGUGACAAAUAAAGAAGAACUGGAAUGUCGUGGAUCAGACAAAGAAGUUCUUGUAUGGCAUGUGAGAACAGCGAAACCAUCGCUGUAUUCCGGCUACCAAUUAGAACAUUUUUUAGAAACAUGAAAUAAAUGAGAAAGGAAGGAGUGAAAUUGGUUAUAUAAAUAAUAAUAAUAAUAAUAAUCAUAACUAAUAGCUUUCAAAGUUCAAAUUCAUUUAAUUUAUAAUUAAAAA